AUGGAUCCUCAGGAUAUUAACUUCAGAGCCAGAAACGAGACCUACAGGAAGCUCCUCGAGCCUGGAUCGCCAUUCAACUGGAUGGAUGAAGCUUCGGAUGACGAUAUGACUUCGAGAGACGAGAUAAGCUCUACCAGCUCGACAGAGACACUAACAGUGUCAGACGAAGUGCUAAUGCACGAUUUCGAUGAAAUGGAUUUCGACAAGCCCUCAGAGAGUGAGAAGGAAGAGGUAUCUGCUGGCACCAGCAUGGAUUGGAGUGCAACCGAGGCGAAUGAUGAGUCAAUUAAGAGGAGUCACGCUAUCCAAAGGGCUUACCAGGGUCUCGGCUACAACCUGCAUAACUUUCACCAGAGCCAGAGUCUAAAUACUGAUGGUCAUGGCAUGGAGCUUGAAGAAGCAGCACGUAAUGACUAUGGGGGAUUGGCCCCUUCACCGGCCUUUAGCGAGGACGUGGAGAGCGCCGAGGUAAGGCUCAUCAGGGUCGAAAUUGACCAUGAAUUCAAUGCUCGUGAGGCCUACAUGAACCACGUAGACGAGUCCGAGUCAGUCCACCACUUCAACUGGUUUGGGAAUCCCGUCCCACAAGAAAGUCGGACACCACCGGCGAUCUCACUCUUCUUCCAGCUAACCGACCCGAAGGUCCCCAGAGCUGGGGAUGAGCUUCGCCUUAAAGCCCUGAUGAAGAAUGCUAUGGUCUACAUAGACCCGGUAGUUGUUGAUCUCGAAACUAGAGGACAAAGACUCCCAGGGACGAUCACUGACUUCAUUGAAUGGGCAUCCAAGCUCACGUUCAGGUACUACAGCCCACACGGUUGGUGGCGCAAUGAUCCCAGGGUAACCAACGAUGAGUGUUUGCAAGACCCCGGCAAUCCUUACGACUAUCUGCUUGAGGACUUUGGUGUAGCUACUGGCUUCGUACAGAAUAAUAAAUUCCCGUCGACCGGGGAUUGGUUCGAGAGGCAACGAUCGCGGCUCGCCGAGCUUGAACAGACGGGUCAAAACCGGCACUUCAGGAAGGAGAAAGAGAAGUCUUGCAAGCCCUCGCCUCUUAGGGAGUCAAUCACUUGUGAGCCUGAUGAGGCACCUCCCCAAAUCACCGCCUCGACAGACAACUCGCUCGAGAGCUUCCCGACUCGAAUGAGGAUUAUGAGCAAUGUGCCCCAAAGCGGUGCUAAAACUGGCCUGCGACAAGAUCCGCACAGCCCGGACCUUUACACCUUGACCUUGCUACCAGAGUUGUCAGAAGAGGGGGAGGAGCAGUCCAGUCCUGAGGGGGGGGGUUAG